GCUUGACCUUUGUUAUAAAAUGUGUACAUUGACCAGGUUGGAGGGUGUGUCAUGUUUAUAUCACACACGUGUUUUGUGACAGUUUCUUAGGUUUAUCAACAAUAACUGGAAAAACUGAAGUGACAGCAAAAUGCCGUUGACAGGACCCAUGGAUGAUCCUGAAGUAGAGGAGAAAUACCCGGGCUCAAAAGCUUAUACUGUGUGUCAGUCUGCGGCCUUUAUGUCUGGAGUGUUCGCAACAGUCACAGGUGGCCUGGUGACAUUUAUAGGACAGAGUGCUCUGAGAAAAAGACUUCCAUGGGGGAGUAAUCCAGCCAUGGUCAUCUCUAUUGUGGUAGCAGCAGGCUCUGGUUGGGUAGUUGCCUACACCAGAAGUAGGGAGUGUCAGCAGAAAUGGUACAAGAUCAGGUCAGCUCAUGAGGAGAAAGUGAGAUUGUUGCAACUGGGGAAAGAAGAAUCAGGAACACUUGCUCAAGCAAGAGAAGUAGCCUCAAAACCCCCAGAACAGCCUCCAUCAAGUCCUGCUCUACCGAAAACCAACCAAUACGGAGACCCCAUACAAUAAUGAUAGUGUUUGAGAUCCUAUUUACAAUUUACAUGUAUUACUUGAAAUUGCCUUUCACAUGUUGCAUAGUAAAAUUGUCCUAUAUAUUAUUGCUGUUUUUAUUUAUUUCAAAUGCGUAAUCACAGAGUUGUAUUACAGAGUUGUGUAUUUGUGAAAUAGUGAUGUAAAUAAAACCUAGUAGGCGAGCAACAUCAUGAUCCUGCUUUUCAACACAUUUAGAAAAUAAAAGUACAUGUAACACA